ACCCGCUUGAACCCUAUCCAUCUCACCACUUUUUCUGCCAUCUUCCUGAAGAAUCCAACGAAAAACCAUUAAAACUCCCAACAAAUUAAAUUUAAUGAACCCAAUCUAUGAAAACCAGCCCAAGCUAAUCAACAGAGUGUUCUUCUCAUGGCCCACGAAGAAGAAGAUCAGCAAACCGGAAGAUUAUGUCACUACCCCCUCGACUACAGCUGCUACAGGAUCGUCGACGAGAUCGGCCGCGGCGUCAGCGCCGUCGUCUACAAGGCCAUUUGCAUUCCGAUGAACUCCGCCGUGGUGGCCAUUAAAGCAAUUGAUCUCGACCGAUCAAGAACCGACCUUGAUAGCGUUCGGCGGGAAGCCAAGAUCAUGUCGCUUCUGUCUCACCCGAAUGUUCUGAGAGCUCACUGCUCAUUCAUGGUGGAUAGCCGGCUUUGGGUGGUGAUGCCGUUCAUGUCCGGCGGUUCUCUCCAGUCGAUCAUGGCUUCUUCUUAUCCAGAGGGCUUGUCGGAGACAUGCAUCGCCUUUGUUCUCCGAGAAACAUUAAACGCCAUUUCUUAUCUUCACGAUCAAGGUCAUCUUCAUAGAGACAUCAAGGCCGGGAACAUUCUGAUAGACUCGAAAGGCGCUGUGAAGCUGGCAGAUUUUGGCGUCUCAGCGUCGAUCUACGAGCCCGGUUCGGCGGCGCCGGCGUCCCGGAUGCUCACGGACCUUGCCGGAACGCCGUACUGGAUGGCGCCGGAGGUGAUACACUCGCACGUCGGGUACAGUCUCAAGGCUGAUAUAUGGUCCUUCGGAAUCACUGCUCUUGAAUUAGCCCAUGGAAGGCCUCCUCUAUCUCACCUUCCUCCUUCCAAGUCCCUGAUCAUGAAGAUCACCAAGCGGUUCCGAUUCUCCGACUAUGAGAAAGCCCGAAGCGACAAGAACAAGAAGUUCUCUAAGUCGUUCAAGGACAUGUUGAUUAGUUGCCUCGAUCAAGAUCCUUCCAAGAGGCCGUCGGCGGGGAAGCUUCUCAAGCAUUCAUUCUUCAAGAACUGUAAAGGGUCUGAUUUUCUUGUCAAGAAUGUGCUGAGCGGCCUGCCGACGGUCGAGCAGAGGUUCAGAGAAGCGAAGUUGCAGAGACUGGCGUCAAUGAACAGAAGUACGGAUGAAGAGGAUGACGAAGACGGGUUUCCUUUUGGCGAGAAUGUGAAGCAGAGGAGGAUCAGCGGCUGGAACUUCAAUGAAGAUGGGUUUGAGUUAGACCCCGUGUUUCCAACCACCAAGGAAGAGAAUGAGGAUGAGAAUGAGAUUGUGAAGCAGGUCCGGUUCGGUGGGGAGUCCAUAAUUCAGGACAAGGGAGGUGAGGGGUCAUCGGAGACGUCAAAUUUGAGUUCUCCGGGACAAGUGGUGGCCGGAGAAAGUGGUGGUGGAGAGGCUGAGAGUGGCGGCAGAGGGUGUCUUGACAGGGAGGUGAUGGUGGGGAGUUUGUUGUUUCUGAAGAACAGUUUGGAUGAUCAGAGGCAAAAAGUGGGGAAUAUGCUGGCUCUGAUAAAUGGAGGAGAUGAGAGUGUGGAAGAGGGCAGAGAAGAGCAGCUGAUGAAAGUGAUUGAGAAGUUGCAGAUGGAGUUGGAAUGUGUCAAGAAGAGGAAUGUGGAAUUAGAGAUGGAGUUGGAGUUUCAACGGUCCCACCAUUAAAAUGGUUCAGUACUCUCUCCCCUUCUAGUUAUAUGAAUGGAAUCAACCCAUCCCUAACAAUUAGUCCAGCACUGUUAAUUUGGGCAUUUUAUGUUGUAAUUAUUCCGUUUGGAAAAUGAUAUUCCUAGAUAAUUUUUAAUAAUAAUAUUUGUGUAAUAAUGUUAAA